AUGCAUUUUCAUCCUUAUUGUCAUGUUCUGGAGCGCGUCACUCCUCACUUCACGAAUCCAACACGUGUUUUCUUUCGACUUCAUUAUGCCGAGGCAGAGUCUCUUUGGCUUGAUGCCACAAGUCCAUCAGAAUACGGCGGUUCAGGAGCAUGUGAAAAACUUGCAUUUUUUGGUGACAAUAUUUUACGUUAUCACGUAAUUGAAAUACUUCGUCAGCGACAUCCAGAAGCAUCGACACAUCAGCUUGCAACGAUGAAAGAAGAAUAUCUAACAAAUACAAAACUCAACAAUUGUUCAAAUUGGUUUCACUUCUCACAUUGGUUAGUAAAGAGACAAUCUGCUUCACCUCAGCCAUCUCGUCGAAGACGGCGCUCUUUUCGACAUACCGGCAAGAAGGCACUUUUUCAUUUACCUGGUAAAGUUGCAGCGACGGUUAUCGAAGCUUUGCUAGCUGCUACCGACCAGUUUCAUAAGAAACAAUUUACGCGUCAGUGUGUUUUAGGUCUAAUGAAGCUUAUGGAAAACGUUACAUGCACGUCUGAAGAUGAACCUGUCGCUGUUGUUGGUUGUGGUACUGCUGUUUACACAGAUCAUAACUUAACCCAUAUCACAGGUUUAUUAACUUGUGAUCCAAAUCAUCCGCAUGGUGUCUCUUUUAUGGAUCCAGAUGAUAUGAUACAAGCUUUUAAAAACAGUCAGCACAAUUAA